ACCGGUUUUCGUGGCACCAACCACCGACAAAGGCGAAUCGAAAUAACACUGCCUGAAAAGCAAGAAGUGAAGUGAAGGUUUUUUCUUCUAGAACAACGGUCUGUGGUUACGUAGGAAAGUCAAUAGAACGAGGAGAUACAGUAGCUGAGUUUCGAAUUCGGCAGAGCGGCGUCUGGAAGUAAGAGGGCCAGCCGGAAAACUAAGAGCAGCCGGGGCAGCAUCACCAACCUUCGGUAUUUAAUGGCGGUUGCUCCCGAGACUUCCGGUGUUGUCAGUGCCAGUUGGGAGCUUGCCGGGUGAUAAAAACCGGAACAGCCAACGACAACAACAAUUACUCAACUGUGAAUUCCGAAAAGCACUCUGCAGAGAGGGCGACAUAAAUUAAAGGAGCAUGCUCUCGCCGGUUGCAACACAGGAUAUAAAGCAAAUAAAUAAUCAUCAUUAUUAUCAUAAAAUAUAAAGCACCACGAGCCGGGGCGGACGAUUCUCGGAAAAAGACAGUGCUUGACGGGAUUCGAAAGGGUGAACUCGUUGACACCCCGCACAUGGCCAAAUUGUGCAAAGUGGUGACAGUAACUGCAAACAGCACAAAACGGCAACCCUCAUUAAGUCAUCAAAAACUAGUGAAUAUUUUAGUGUAGAAGCACUUCGGGGAUGGAGUGAUAAAAAUUAAAGAGCAUUUAAUGAAAAUUUAAACCUCGAGAACCCAGCAACGACCGAACCACCGCCGUUCUGUCCCGGUCGGAAAAGUUUCCACUUCAUACAACUCAUUUUCCAGCUUUUCUCUGUGCCGUGCUGAAACUAUUCCACCUUCCGUUGGCUUCGAACGUUGCUCGUGUAUGUGCAAAAGUCAACACAGCAGAAAUUGGAGACAUCCUGUUCUGCCCUACUCUCUUGCACCGAUUCCAUCCAAAACUAAUUCCCGAGUACAUGAGAUUAAAGUGUUUAUUCUGGAACGUCGACUAUAAACUCUAUCGCCAUCUAUCCUGUUCGCUUCUACCCUACUUGAACUGUUCAGCAGCCCUAGCUCCCUCCUCUACCGUAGCGUCCUAUCCGCGGAACAAACGAUUUUUAAGGCUAAACUUUCAUCCUCUCCGAUCGCCCGAUAAGCUACCCGACGGCGGCAGCAGCAGCAGCGAGGAUCUACGGAGCGAUACCAAUCAGUUCAAGCUCAGUGUCGGUUGGGGAUAAGUGCUCAUAAAAUAAUUGCAGUGGCUGUCCGGAAUCGGUCGGAGUUUUAUCGUUAAACAAAGUGUUGCACAAGUUGGAACAACUUUCCAGUGUUGAAGUGAUUUGUGGUAUUUCGGACCCAGCAGUCAGUCGCACAUUGAUGGAUUACCCUUGCCACCGUUAGGAACGAAGGUGAUGACGUCAUGAUACCAACGAUCGAUCAAAGAAUUAGGAUUAUAUUUUGUUGGUACCUUGUCUUAACAUGUUUCUUCAUCGGUCAACACACCCUGCCGGCAGUCACCGCAAGCAGUGGCUCCGCAGAAGCAAGCCUCCGUUUGCUAGAUGACAGUGAGCUCGACUUGCUGGACAUUGAACGCCAGCACCAGUCGCGAAACGAUAGAACCACCUCCACGGCCGGAACGUCGUCAUCGUCGUCGUCACCCGUGUCGCAAAACCAACCCCUCGGAACGUCCUUCACCGCGAGCGGUGGCAACGCUAGGAUAAACAAUAAUCAUAAGAUAAAUUUAGUGUCUUAUACAGCGAAUCUAGAUAAUAUUUUGAACAGUCUCGAAGACGACGAAGAAGUUGAUGACGAUGAUCGGCGGUUCGGGUUAGAUGACCGCCGAAUCGUCUCUGGUGCCAAACUGUACGAGCGGAACCACGAGGCCAACGUGCAGCACGACGAGGCUGCCAAGCCGGUGCACCACCGGUUGCUAGUUAAUCAAAUUGUCCAAAAGUACUACCCCAACCACCGUCGCCACAGGAGGUCGCUGCUGCUGCGGAGAUCGGCUCGAAGUUCAGACUCCGGUGUAGCCCUCAAGCGGCAAGAAGUAGCUCUCCCCUUCGCCUCCUCCACGCUGACUCCCAGCUCUUUUUCUUCUUCUUCGUCACCACUUUCUCCGCCGUCAUCGUCGUCAGUCGCACGACAGGUGACACGGACCGAACCUGUUGUACAUGAUCCUUCCAACCAGAGUAGUAGUAAUUACGGAACCAGUGAAUACGACAAACCAGAAAAGAAUGGGAAGAUGGCUGUGAAAAAUAUUAUUAGGAGUAAUAAUAGUGAACAUAAUUACGUAAGGAACUUGACGCUCGCUAACGCUGAGCAUUCGUCAUCUGACAAGAGCCGAGCAUCCGUACAGGAGGGGACCACUAAUGGUGAAGUAGGAAGCUUUGCCGCUAACGCUGCUGGGUCUGCACUCGACCCGAAACGACAAGAUGUUCUGCCGGAAGUGGAGCACCAAAAGGAAAAGGAAACCGAAUCGGCAUCCGGAGUGGGUGGUAGUGCGGCUGACACCAACUCGGCCCCAGAAACUAAUACAUCAACCCAGAGAGCAGUUACAUCAACACAAACAUCGUCACCGAUGUCAGCCUCAGUGGAAGUGGCACCACCGGAGCUGGAAUCCGUUGUCGAGCGAACAAUAACUCCACGGGAGGAACAUUUGCCGCAAAAUAGCUACAGUGCUAUUAAUGUCGACAGUUUCAAUUUGCUCGACGAUAGCGUUUAUGUCAGGAACAGUAGCAACGGCAGAACGAUGACGGCAGCCAACCACGGCGAUGGCUCUUACUCCACUCCCAGUGCCAAACAACCCCAGCCGGAGCAGCACGAGAGCCUCAGCUCCAAUAACAUAUUUGCUGGUGAAAACUUUGAUGAGCAAAUUAUUUUCCUCAACGGUGGAGAUUUGCUCGAGGCCAGUCCGGAGCAGUACGACAUGCGGCAGUUCGGCAAAGUGGAACGGGAUGUCAAAAUGGGUGACUUGAGAAACGGCGACCCGUUCCUGCUGAUGAACGAUGAACCGGUGGCCCUGGCGCUGAGGCCGAUUAUCCGGGGCCCGACCGACGACCACACCGAGGACAAUGUGGGGGUGGUCUACGCCGAGCAGCACGAGACGGUGACGAUGGCCUGCGAGGUCGAUGCGGACAUAACCUCCAGCGUGUGGCUCAAGAAUGGCCAAAUGGUGCACGUUAUGGACAAAAAGUCACGAACCGAUGACGUUCGGUUUGUGCGGGAAUCUUUGCAGGGCAUCACCAUUUCGAACGUGAUGCUCGAGGACGACGGGGUUUGGCAGUGCGAGGCGGAGAACGCCCGGGGAUUCUUCUUCAACGGACGGCCGAUCAAGCUGGUGGUGUUGGAUCCCCCCAAAGAACCGUACCUGCUGAUCGACCAGCGGAGGCUGGACGCGGGAAACAUGUUCAUCCCGGUGAAGGAAAACUCGGAACUGACGUUGGCCUGCGUUAGCGAAGGCGGAAAUCCGAAGCCCGCCCUCAGCUGGGAGGUGCUGCUCAGCCCCGGAAUCGACCGUCACGCACAAAAAAUCUCCAACGACGUGCUGGAGCUGCAGGAGAUUAAACGAGACAAGAAAGGAUAUCUGAUUUGUGAAGCAGAUCUAAUUGGUCACAAAUCAGAUAUCCUUUUACCCCAUAAAUAA